AUGCUCGCUGGGAAUGGCUGCUUUGGCCUUUCAAAAGAGAUGAAACCGGAUUGUGAUGAACUGGGAGGGGAGAAGGGAAGCCAUGGUGAUGGUUAUUGGGAGAGCUGCUGCAGCUGGGAGGGUGGUCGUGGGCUUGGGUCUGAGAAUGAGAAGGAGAAGAGUGAUAAGAACGAGAAGGGUCAGAAGAAUGGCGAGACUGAUAAGGGUGGCGGCGGUGGUGAGAGAAAUGGGAGUGAGAAUGACAAGAGUCACAAGACUGAGCUUGUAAAGAGUGAGAAGGGUGAGAAGAAUGAGAAGAGUGGGAAUGAGAAGAAUGAGAAGAGUGGGAAUGAGAAGAAUGAGAAGAGUGGGAAUGAGAAGAAUGAGAAGAGUGGGAAUGAGAAGAAUGAGAAGAGUGGGAAUGAGAAGAAUGAGAAGAGUGGGAAUGAGAAGAAUGAGAAGAGUGGGAAUGAGAAGAAUGAGGAGGAAGUUCAACACGAGGCGACGAUACCAAUGGAGGAAGACUCGGCACCAGAGCCUGCUGCCAAGCAUGCAACCAGCGGCAGUGGCGGUACAGAGGAAGCUUAUAAGGGGGACGGCGCCGAGGCGAUGCAAGUUGAGGAGGUGGGAGAUGAUAGGGGAUUCAGGGGCAUGGAGGAAGUGGCGAGCACACCGGAACUAGAGAGGGAGGUGAAGGGCGGAACCCAGACGUCUAGCAGCAGCAGUGAUGGCAUGCCGAGUCAGCAAGGGAGGGAACCAUUGAUGCUGGCCGGCUUGCUGAGUCGUUGCUCGACGAACAAGGUGGCGAUGGAUGGUGAAGAGUUAUCGCGCCGUAACAGUAUCAGUUACCGGAACAGCGAAUCCCCAGCGCAUGGGGAGGGCGAGUGCAUGGGCAAAGGAGGUGCAGGAGAAGCAGGGAAAGAAGGGAAAGCAGGGGAAGCCGGGGGAGAGAUGUAUGACAAGCACAAGCUGCCUAUGAAGCGACCCUUCAAUCACGCCCCUCUCGGUACGACUGCCGGUGGUGCUGCUGCUGGUGCUGCUGCUGGUGCUGCUGGUGCUGCUGGUGCUGCUGGUGCUGCUGGUGCUGCUGCUGCAGCUAUUGCAACGUCCACAGCCCUGCCCGCCCUCCCCCCUCGCCCUGCCCCUCCGCCGCCCAGCCCUCUCUCCAUCCCCAUUGCCCUCUCCAGAGCUUUCCUCACCACCAGGCCGGCACAAGAAGACAAAGCAGGCCUAAACCCUAAACCCUCCUCUUCUCCUGCUUGGCGUCAGGCCGAUCCAUUCAAUCCCAGUGCUCCUUUCAGUCACACGAAUCAAUUGAAUCACCACGUCGUGGGACAGAGGCAACACCACCACCAGCAGCAGUCAUAUGCCAUUCCUUUCCUUAAAUCCCCCCAACCUAACUCCUCUCCCUGCGUCCUGCCCCUCGACCUCUCCCCGAGCCUCUCCAUGCCGAACCAGCCUGUGCCGAACCUGGACCACAUGCCGAGCCUGAGCUUGCCACCUCCGGCAACAGGCUUGGGAGAAGGUGGGGAGGCUGCGCAUGGGGCGUUGAGGCUGGAAGGGGGAAAGAUGACUAAUGGAGGAGAAGAGGAGAGGAUGGGGGAGGAGCAAGUGAGGAUUGUAGGAGAGGAGGUGAGGAGGAGAGAAGAGAAGGGUAGGGUGGAGGGAGAGGAGAGGGAAAUGGAGUGUGAAGGGGGUGAUGGUUGCAACGGUGGUACUGAUGGUGGUGAUCAGAAGGGUGGCAGUAUAGGUGGCGAUAUGGGCGAUGUGGGCAAUGGUGAUGUGAGAAAUGUGCGAGGAGGAGACAUGAUGACGUGUGCAUGCCUUGAGGUGGCGACGCCACUGGACCAGCUGCCGCUGAUUCAAGUGCAGAUGGAGCGAGCAGACCUUGUUGCUUCCACCUACACUCGCUUGCUCCACACAUCCGCCCCCACCACCACCGCCACCGCCACCGCCACCGCCACCGCCACCGCUGCUGCUGGUGUUAACACCAACGGUACUGCUGACGCCUCUGCUAAUGGCGUCGGGCCUGCACAAUCAGGUGCUCCUGCUCCUGCUCCUGCUGCUCCUGCUGCUGCCGGUUCUCCAUCUUCCACUCAUACUGCCGCCGCAGCAGCAGCAGCAGCAGCAGCAGCAGGAGCAGCAGUAGCAGCAGCAGGAGGAGGAGCAGCAGCAAGUGUGGCUGGUCAGAAGUAUGCUGCCAAUGGGAACGUGCCAUGUGGCGGUCAGGGGUUGGCGUCCGAUACGGAAGAAGCUGAGCUGGACAACUUCAUGGGUCAAUUUGUGAAGCUGCUGCGGGCGUUCAAGGAGCAACUGGAGGAGCACAUCCGAGUGCACGCCAGGGAGGCCGUUACCACAUGCGCCCGCCUCAAGCACGCCGUUGCUGCUGCUGGGGGCACUGCUGCUGAUAAGCUUGCUGCGUCUGGGGCUACCAUGUCCGAUGAUGAAGGCGGGGAAGGGGAUAGGCCCAGCAGCAAUGGGGGCAUUAGAGCCCUGGAGGAUGCAUGCAACAGCCAUGGGAAUGGGCAUGGGUUCCGCACUCGUCUGCUGGGAGUGAGGGAGGAGAUCAUGCGCAAGAGGCGCGCGGGGAAGCUUCCAGAAAACACCACGCAGGUGCUCAAGGCGUGGUGGAACGAGCAUAUCCAGUGGCCCUACCCCACGGAGGAGGAGAAGGUGGGCCUGAUGGCACAGACGGGGUUGGAGCUGAAGCAGGUGAACAACUGGUUCAUCAACCAGCGCAAGCGCAACUGGCAUGGCAACCCCGCUGUCGCAGCCGCGCAGCACAAAGGGCCCAAGCAGGCCAAGCGCAAAUGA